AGUGGCAGCGCUGGCAUAGCAUCGUUCAACCCUGUUCUAGACUGGAAACGAGCUGCGGUAGCUGCCUGUGCGCACCUCUUUACUCAGAUCCCUCCGGGGCCGUCAAAAUAGCCGGUGAGCCAACACUCUAAACCUCAACUGUGGAAUAUAUGAGACAGACAGGAGAUCUGCGCUCAUCCCGUGCACUGCGUGACAAGAUAAAAUUAUUUUGGGAAAAAUAAUAAGCUGCUGUCCUGUCAACAUCGGCCCUGCAUAAUAGGAGUGGGAAGAGACGGGACCUCUGCGCUGUGAAGAGUCGCUCCUGUACCGUGCAGCAGUGCGCGGAGACCAGCCACAGACUCAGUGAACGCACUGAAAGGGCAGGAGAGAGAAAGGAAGGUGGAGGAUAUUUUACGCACAGCAGCACUCAGUAGCCACUGUUUGACACGCGGCUACUAACUGGGAGUCUCCGCUCCGUUUAGAACUCAACACAGUCGGAUUUGCACUUGACUAAGUCCACAUACAGCGAUCGGUUGGGAUGGAUUCCUUCAUCAUAGCGGCUCUGGCACUGUGCUCUCUAACGGCAACAGCCUAUGGGGACAAAGGGACCAGCAAAGCCAGGAGUUGCUCGGAUAUCAGGCAGUUUUAUAGCGGCAAAGGAUUCUCUGUGGACGGUGUCCCUCAGGCUGAAAUAUCAGGGGAGCACCUGCGCAUCUGUCCCCAGGGUUACACCUGCUGUACCAGUGACAUGGAGGACAAACUGGCCACGCUGAGCCGCAGGGAGAUGGAGGGAAUACUGAAAGACGCUGGACGAAACUUACAGAUCUCACUCACUGGACACCACAAGGCUUUCAGUGAUUACUUCCAGGAGUUGCUGAACCGCUCUGGGAAUACACUACAGGAGAGUUUCAAUCAAAAUUGGGGCUCCGUAUACACCCAGAAUUCCCAGCUGUUCUCUGACCUGUACACAGAUUUGAGGAGCUACUACCGAGGCUCCAACCUCAACCUGGAAGAGGUGCUCAAUGAAUUCUGGGCUAGGCUGCUGGAGAAGCUCUUCUACCAGGCCAACAAGCAGUAUUUCAUAGGGGAGGACUAUCUGGAGUGUGUGUCUAAGCAGAUAGAAACACUACGGCCCUUCGGUGACACACCCCGUGACCUGAAGAUGAAGGUCACACGCACAUUUGUGGCUGCACGUUCAUUUGCUCAGGGACUGGUGAUCAGUGGGGACGUGGUGCGCAAGGUCUCCCAGGUGCAGCUUAGCCAGGAAUGUAUGCGGGCCACGAUGAGGAUGACUUACUGUCCCCACUGCCGUGGCAUGGCCUCUGCCAGACCUUGUGCCAACUACUGCAGCAACGUCAUGAAGGGCUGUCUGUCCAACCAGGCUGACCUCAACACUGAGUGGAGGCACCUGGCAGAAACGAUGAUUCAAGUGGUUGAUCACUUUGAUGGCUCAUCUGGUGUGGAUGUUGUGGUCCUUUCCCUCCACAAUCGCAUAUCAGAAGCCAUGCUCACCAUGACGGAGAAUAUAGACACUAUCAACAGCAAGUUGUUUCAGGCAUGUGGCAGCCUCGGAGAGAGAGGAACCAGCAGCACAGGCACAGGAGUGGACGACUUCAUGAAGAGAGGGAAGGUUAUGGUGGAGGACACAAUGGGAUCCUCUAACAAACUGGACAAACUGGUGUCUGAUGUAACCGCAAGACUGAAGGAAAUGCAGCCGUACUGGGUUUCUCUUCCAAGUCUUCUCUGCAGUGACAGAGUGGCCACCGGUGCAGGGGCUGAGGAUAAGUGUUGGAACGGCAUGAACCGUGCCAGGUACCUUCCCGAGGUGAUGGGCGACGGCCUUGCCAGCCAGAUCAACAACCCUGAAGUGGAAAUUGACAUCACCAAGCCAGACAUGACAAUACGCCAACAGAUCAUGCAGCUGAAGAUCAUGACACACCGCCUGAAGAAUGCUCUCAACGGCAAUGACGUGGACUUCCAGGACACCAGUGACGAUGUCAGCGGUUCAGGAAGCGGCAUGUGCACUGACGAUAUUUGUUCCCGGAGCCAACGCCCUGUUGUCCCCAUCACUGAACGACCCAACCUCUACCCUCCAGAACAGGAGAAGGUGAUGAAAGCCUCAGCCAACCAGAACCUCCCCUUCAUCACCAUUUACCUGCUUUCACUGCUUGUUUUGCUGCUCCGGCGAUAAUUGACGGGGGAAUCUACCAACCGGGACUGAGUUUGGGACAUGGGGUUAGGGAGAGUCUGAAAGGGGAGGGAGGAGAAGUUGGGGGUUAGUUACUUUGCCAAAACUAAAUAAGGAAACAACAAAAAAAAUCAUUUGGAUGGACAUGGAUGGUUUUGGAUUAGAACAAAAUGGAAUUACGAGUAUUCAUAAAUGUUUUGGUUCUGCUCUCGUCUUUUAUUUCUUGCUAUAUUAUUACACCAUUAGAGCUGGUCUUUUUGCAUCUUCUAAUGUUUUGUUUCUGGUGUUUGGGUUCUUUGAGAUUAUAUCUGUACCUAAGACAUGAAUAAGACUAUCGCUAACAGUAUGUUGGUGUUGACACCGUGGGGAGAGGGAGAAUUGGGCUUGCAGUGGCAUUCAGAUACAUGUAUGUGUUAUUCCACUCACUUUAUUACACAGCACUUAGUUAUUCAGUAGAAUUAUUUAUUUAUUAAUACCUGACAAUAGACCCCAGAGUGGUUUACCACUCCCCAAUAUUUAUAGAAGAAGUACACAAACCACAAACUUAAUUGAUGUAUUGAUGACUUUUAAAGGACUAUAAUCUGGACAGCACGGCCCACCAGACCUCCUAAUGCAUUAAGCCUCACAAUAUCAUUACAGUCACACACACUCUCUCAGAGAGGAUGAGAGCACUCUGCGUCAGCAUUUUUUGCCAUUUCAUCAUGUAAGCUGUAAUAAUAGCCGUGAUCACAUUCACACUGACAUGAUCAUCUAAUGUGGGAGUAACGUGACCCAUCCGCCACUCCAUCCAUCCACUCAUCCCUACACCCCCCCCCCCCCCCCCCCCUCCCCCUCCCCGCUGAGGCAUUUCUCCCUCUCUCUCCAGACCCUGUAGGAUCAACUCAAGAGUCUGGUGUAAGCAAAACACAUGUUAGGCUGGGUCAGGUCUCAGAUGACAGUAUCUUCCCACUAUAGAGCACUGUAUGUGGAAUGUAGGUGUCAGUUUAAGACUGCCCUCACAGCAAAGGAUUGACACUUCAUGAUUUUGGAAGAUGUGUAGCAGAGCAGAAAUGUACACAGAAGCAGAAACACUGCUGUCAUGUAGCUUUUUUUCAGUAUUCCUUUUAUGUGCGCAGUGCAGAGCAAAAAUAUAAUACGCAUCAAUUUGUGUGUUCCCUGCAAAGGCCCAGUGUUCCUGUGAUUAGCAUCAUAAUUGCAGCCAACAAUGUCAUAUGUUUUUGUCGAAUAGCAGCAACGAUCCCUAUCACAGUGAAAGCCACACCUUGCACGUCUUUGAACCGUUCUACUAUUUCUAUGGCAGACACAACAGUGUACAUAUUUUUGAUUGCUUUUCUGUUGUUUUUCAGGACAAAAAAUAGCCAAUUAGGUAUCAAAAUUUUAUAAUGGGCAAAUCAUUGUAUGCUAUAACUCUUAUUUCUUUCAUCAUCUGUCAGAGUAUCCGUAUCUGCCUUCCAAUUUUCUGCAACUUCUCUGUAUCAGUGCCUCUUUCCUCCCACCCCCAACUCCCUCUACCCUUCUACCCACUCAUCAGUUAUAAUGACCUUUAAAGCGUUCCUCGUGCUUUUUACAUGAUAGGCAAGGCAAUAUGAUAAUGACACAGUGCUUCGUUAUGUGUCAACCUUACUGGGAAUGUUGUGGGAACGCAUGUGUAAGGCUUUUCCUGAUGAGAAGCUUGCUGGGAGGAAACACGCACCACAUUUUAAUUCAAAGAAAUGUCAAAGCUCUCAUUUAAGAAACGCCGUGCACAGGAUGACGGGACAAUGGUUGCAUGUAUGUAUGUGUGUGGAUGUGUGUACUUGUCUAUGAUUGAUAUAGCAAACAAAGGAUGGACGAUCGAGCCUUUAUUAAUCUUGUUUGGAUGGCACAGAAAUGAAAUGUAUCAGACUAACAUUGUCUGGCUGAGUGCUAUUUAACUCACAGCAAUGGAAGAUUAAUAUAGUUAAGUUUUCAAAAAUGGGAUUUUCAACCUACUACUGUAAUAAUUCCCAAUCCGUAUUGAUGGUGUCUGUGCUUGUCAGUAUUGUAUGUGACAGUGAAAUGGAAUGUGGAGGACGCUAAUGGACACGUUUUUUUUUCAAUUACAUCAUUGCUUCAGUUGCACAUUGGGACAAUCCACUAUAAUUAAUUUUAUGAAAAAAUCUAAAUGUCCCUACACAGUUAAUAAUACUGUAGAUCCAACUGAGAUGUUAAGAGUUAAGUCAAACAUUGACAAGCACAUCUGUUCAAUACUUGGUUAAUUACUGCUCUGAAAAUGGGUGAGGUUGUUGUCAUAUUUGUUGCCUGACAGGUUACUUUGAUAGUAUUUUCUUUUUUUGACAUGCUUUAUUAAUGAAUGCUAUGUUUCUGUGUGUGCGUAUGUGUGUGUGUGUGUCUGUCUCUCUGUUAGUCCCUGGUUAAGAAAUCUGCCUGUGACUGCCUUUGACACUUUGUCCAGGGUUGGGGUCAAUUUUGAGAAAAGAGACAUAUAAUGUUAUUAGAUGUUCCAUUGGGGAAAAAAAAAUACAAUUUUUAAACAAAGAGCAAAAUAGGAAGAACACCACAUGGGUCUUCUUUUUGCGACCCUCGA